CGCUACGAAGGUGCACACCAGGUUGCAAGGUAGAACCGUCUGAUAGGAGGAAGGUUUUGCCUUGAUUGUUUCGUCCAAUUAUUGUUCCGUUCUUCUUUAAUUGUUUCCACAACUCACUGUUGAUGUACCUCAGCGAUAACCUUUUGUAAAGCACGCACGGAGGAACGUAUCUGGCUGGGCAUAUUAGCACAAGCUCUCGUGUUGUUUGGCGCCAAUUUGGCAGUAGAUUAGUAUUGUGCGAACGAGGAGUCUUCUAAAACAGUUGGAAUUAAAUAUUUUGUCUCGUCCGUAUUGUAUAAGUUUGCCUUCAAUAUGUUCGAUAGUCUGAUUGAUAACCUCAACGCGGACAAAUGGGCAGAAACGGACAUGGCUGGGAAAUCCGGCGAAUGGAAGGAAUACCAUGUUAUGAUUCAUCACAGUUUUAAGGAUGAAACGACGCUCGGUAUCAUGGUAGCGCAGGAUGAAGGGGACGCUAAGAACGUCCUGAUCAAAGACUGUCAGGCAAACAAGGAUCCCUUAAAACAGAUCGGUUUGGUCGAACUAUUGCUCAACGCAGAGGAAACUGAGGUCAUCGGCAUUGACCUGAACGGGGAUGUUGUUAUCCGAAAGUAGAUACAACUAUGAUUACUUUUUGAUGUUCGUUUCGAUCCGAAGUGAUCUAUAACACCAUAUUGUGAGCAUUAUCGAGUGUCAGUGAGAACAUAUGUGUAAAAUGAUGAAUGUUUGUAUCGCAUAUUAUAUCUAUUAUACUUCAUCACCAUCACCUUUCGCAGUCAUUCCCCUGAUUAUGUUUUUGCCAAUCAGACAUAUAUAUAUGUGUCUAAUGUUAGCCCUUGAAAACAGCUUCAAUAAAUACUCAAUGAUUAUGCACCAUUUAAUUGUUACCACACCCCCGGAGGUAGACCAGGGCUAGCGGGGGAAAUGGGCCGUGUUUUGACCGUCCAGGUGGCUCCGAAGUAACGGGUGAAUGCGAUUGAUUUGUUUUCGCGCCGAAAAUAGCGGGGAAUGGGUCUUACCUAGGAUGUCCCCAGGUUGCAUUUGGCGGGGAAUUUAACAGCAGUUUGUCCCCGCAGGGCGGAGAUCUUACCUGGGGGCUAGGUUACAAUUGACUGGUGUAUUACUAUGUGUUUUAAAAUCAUAUAUAGGUGUGUACUUGUGUUCAAGUACCCGAUGUACAAAUGAGCUUGUCAUUUUAUCCAGCUUUUGGCAAUAAUGUUAAACUUUGAUGCCUGAACAACCCGUGUAAUUUAUGGUACGGUGCUAAAGACUAUGGAGAAAUAAUAUCUUCAUUCAACGACCGACAGAACAGUAAAGAUACAAUGUGUUCCGUUCUAAUACUAUUAUUUUAGAAAGUAGCUUAUUAAACUAAUGUUUCUUAGUAUAAACCCAGCUUUAAAUAAAGAUUCCUGUAUAUUGUAUCAACUAAAAUCAGAAGUGAAAUGAAAGAUUUUGCAAACUUUCAAUACAAAAAACGAAUGUUUAUUUUUUGUAUCGGUUUGAUAUUUACAUAGUCUUUCUCUAAACAUUAAACCCUUUCAAACUAUAUCACGGAGUCAUCGGUAAUCAACAGGGUUUUUAUUAUUGUAAAAAGGAUGUAAUCAUAAAUUAUGAAACGGCAAUUGUGUGUCAAUUUACAAUGAAGUAGCUGUUUGCAUACCGGAAUUAUGUGUGUCAAAUGGAUAUCUUCGUCUUUGCCUCGAUAUAAACAUAUAAACUUACAACUAUAACUCCGCCAAGCACUUUUUGUUUUACACUUGUGAUGAAAUAAUAACCCCAUGUGUAUGCUGUUAACACAAAAUUAUAAUAAAAUGUUAUCAUGUU